ACAACUUUUUAAUAAAUUUGUAAAACUAUAUAAUGAUACUGUUCUGUUCUGUUCUGUAUAUGAUUUUAUGUCUCAUUAUAUGCAGUCCAUUCGAUUUAACCAACCAGAGCCUUUAAUUUUCGCAUUAUGUUUUCAUUUAAAAAAAUAUCAACUAUCAAAAUUGAAGUGAAGAAGAAGAAGUGAAACCAUUCAAACUCAAGAUAGAACUACGAGAGAUUAAACACGACUAUGUUGAGAGUGUCAUCUAAGAAUAUAACUAGACAAUUGGGUUCUAGAUCCAUCUAUACUUCUGUGUUGGAAUCAGAUCUUAAUAUCACUAGAAAUGGUAAAGUCAAUGUAUCAGUAGGUGCUGGAGGUAGAUCUUCAAGAACUGGAUACACUGCUACUGUGUUUGGUGCUACUGGGUUUUUAGGUCGUUAUUUGACUUCUAAACUUGCUAGACAUGGUACUACCACUGUGGUUCCAUUCAGAGAUGAUAUGAAAAAGAGAUUUUUAAAAGUUACUGGAGAUUUAGGUGUCGUUAAUUUUGUUGAAUUCGAUGCUAGAAAUUUAAAAUCAAUUCAAGAUUCAGUAGCUCAUUCUGAUAUUGUAUUCAAUUGUAUUGGUGUUGAUUAUAAUACCAAGAAUUUCUCCAUGGCUGAUGUUAAUAUCGGUUUAACUGAAAGAAUCACUCAAGCCGUUAAAGAUGCUGGUGUACCAAGAUAUGUUCAUGUUUCUUCUUAUAAUGCCAAUCCAGAUUCAAAUUCAAUCUUUUAUGCCACUAAAGGUCUUGGUGAACAAAUCGUUAAAGAUAUUUUACCAGAUUCAACUAUUGUCAGACCAUCUCCAAUGUAUGGUAGAGAAGAUAAUUUAUUAAAUUAUUUAGGUCCAAAGAUAAAAAUGUGGACUCCAAAUAAAAAUGCUAAAGAAAUUUAUCCAAUUCAUGUUUUAGAUGUGGCAAGAGCAUUAGAAAAAAUUGGUUAUGAUGAUUCAACUGUUGGUCAAACUUUUGAAUUAUAUGGUCCUGAAAAAUUAUCCUUUUUAGAAAUUAGACAAAUGAUUCAUGGUAUUACUCAAGAUUUCGCCAAUGCUGGUGCUUUACCAUAUACUUUUGCUGAUUAUUAUGUUCCAUUACCACUUGCUAAAAUAAUUGCUCAAGUUAAACAAUUGGCAUAUUGGAAAUUAACUAACCCAGAUCAAGUUGAAAGACAUUUAAUUCAUCAAACCAUAGAUCCAACCGCAAAGACAUUUAGAGAUUUAGGUAUAGAAGAUUUAGAUAGUUUGGCUAACGUGUUGUUUACUUACGUCAAACAAUGGAGACAUCCUUUGAUUGCUCAAAAGGGUGCUCCAUCAAAGAAAGAAUUAGCUAGAUUAAGACAACUUGAACAUAUCAUGUAGAUUCAACCCUUAUACCAUAGCAACUACAACUACAACUACAACAACACAUUUCAUCCAUCCUAGCAUAAUCUAUUCACCCUUUUAUCACAUUAUAGUCCAAUUUUAC